CUCAGAACUCAGCUGCUAUUGAUUACCUGCAGGUCAGGUGAUUACGUUUGAUGCCUUGCAUCUGCAGGAAUCCAGUCAUCCGGAUUCGUCGGAGAUCUAAGCCGGAGGAAGGAGGAUCGCAGGUCUCAGGACUUAUCCUUCUUGUCAUAUAUAUAUUGUCCAUAUCAGGGACAAAUCUACGGUACCGAAUGCUAAGGGUUCCCGCCCGUUUCCCGCGUUAAGUGAUCGAUCGAAGAAGCAAAGAUCAAUUCUUAACUCCGACCUCCGGGUCUAUUCACAAUACAAUAUCCU